UCUUCAUCCUUUUGAAAAGUAUCUUCAACCUAGGGGAGAACCAGGAAGUAACUCUGUCGUUUGUUUAGAUUAUUUGCUAGCUUGGUUUUGGCAACUCCAGGAGUUACGUUUUUGCUUGUUUUAGAAAGUGAAAGUGUAGCUAGAUAAAGUAAUUCAAAAUAGCAUCAUAACAUGAAUAACACAGAGAGAGGAAUCAUGCGCUCAAUGCUUGUUGUUGUGGCCGUUGUCUGUGUCCUCGUGAGCCGAGCAGAAUGUCACACUAGUACUACGCCAACGCCAUUGAAUUCUUGCAAAGCCUUCUCAACUUGUGACUCAUGCAUUCAAAACACAAAGUGCCUGUGGUGCAUGACCAACGACACGUGCACAGACUACCCAGUGAGCUACAUUCUGCCUCCACCUGCAGUGUGUAAACUGUCACAYGCACGAUGGGGAGUGUGUUGGGUGAACUUCGAGGCCCUGAUCAUCGCCAUGGCAGUGUUAGGCGGGACUAUCAUCAUCAGCAUCACAGUCUGUUGCUGCUGCUGCUGUUGCUGCAAGAAACGUCAAUCAAGGCCAGACAGAGAUGAGGAGAGGUUUGCCAGGAGGAAAGAGGAGAUCAGACAGCGUGCUGAUGAYCGGAAGGUGGAGAGGAAGGUGAGGCAUGAUGACAUCCGCAAGAAGUAUGGUCUUGUCCCUGACUCUGACCACCCAUACAGCAAGUUUGAAAAUGAGUAAAGCAGAAACCUUUGUGAGAGUGAAGAGAAGUUGUUCAGAUGGCCCYGCUCUACUCUGCUCCAUCCUGUUUGGACUGACUAUCAAUCAUCCUGUCCUGCUGACUGUUUUAGCUUAGAGAGCAGAGACAGCCUACUCUGAGAGACACACAAACACCUAUAUAUCAAGACCGAUCUAUCAUCAUGAUUCAUCUAAAUCAAACCUUUGCCUAUAAUUAUUAAAUGCAGUUUUUAUUCAUUCAUUUUAGGUUUUGAAUGAAAAUGAUUUACAGUUUGAGAAAAUGUUAAGUUUGUCACACGAUUAAGAAGUUUGAGGAAGUCUGUAAUAUUUACUUUGCUGUUGGAGACAUGGCACUGAGUGUAGCUUCUCAACUUUCUGCACAUUCUUUGUAUUUUUGUGAAAUCUGAUUUAAAGAGCCUUUGUUUUAAAUUACUGUAAUAUCUGUGAGUACGUUUGCGCUUUGUAUAUAUUUCAUAAACCAAGAACAUAAUCUGCUCAAUCUGAUACAUUUCCUAAUAAAAUGUUACUUUUAAUGUAAAA